GCUCACACCCUUCUGCAGUUCACGCGUCGCCUCCUCCUCUGCAUUUCCUCAAUCCUACACUUUCACACUCACUUUGUGCACCGUGACCAACAGGACAACAAUAAAGCUCAGCUAGAGUCCCGUGUCUUCUGACGACGUCCGGCGAUGGGAUGACGCUGUGAUGAGCCAGGAUGAGCGCCGAGCCCCUCUUGAAGGAGACGCUGAUCAAGCGUUCGCAGCAAAAGAGGAGGACAUCACCGCUCAACUACAAGGAGAGACUGUUUGUCCUCACCAAGAGCAGCCUGAGCUACUAUGACGGCAGGGCAGAGAAAAAGUAUUGCAGAGGCUCCAUCCAGCUGAGUCGCAUUAGGUGUGUGGAGAUCGUCAAAGACGUUGGGGGGAUCAACCCCUGCCAUUAUAAAUACCCCUUCCAGGUGGUGCACGACACCAACACACUGUAUGUGUUCACACCGAGCCAGGAGAGCAGGACGUUAUGGAUUCAGCACAUUAAAGAGGAGACCCGAUACAACCAGGAGAUCCUGACCAAGUUCCACCCUCAGUUCUGGUGUGAGGGGGCAUGGCUCUGCUGCCGCCAGGAGGAGAAGCAGGCCCCUGGUUGCGAAGAGUACAACCUUUUCGGAGAUGCUUCCAGGAAGCCGCUACCCCCGAUUCCCGCAGAGGAAGGCAAAGAUGGGAGGUGCCGGCGGAUGCUUCCUCCCGAGGUGGAUGAGGAAGAUGGCGACGCUCUGGAGGAGAUAGUGGUGGCACUGUAUGACUUUGCGGGCAGCGAGCCGCACGACCUGCAGCUGGUCCAAGGAGGCGAGUAUGUGAUCGUGGAGCGCUGCGACCUCAAUUGGUUCAAAGCACGCAACCAGCAAGGGGAGGAAGGCUACAUCCCGAGCAACUAUGUCACUGAGAAGAAAUCGGGAAACCUGGCGCGGUUUGCUUGGUACAGCAAACAUGUCAACAGGAACAAGGCGGAGGAGCUCCUGCGGAAAGAGGACAAAGAAGGCGCCUUCAUCGUCAGGGAGUCCAGCACUCAGGGGACGUACACGAUAUCGCUCUACACCAAGUCUGCGGCGGGGAAGGGAGGCGCCGCCAUUAAGCAUUACCGCAUCAGGGAGACCCGAGGCAUGCCGAAACAGUUUUAUCUGGCUGGGAAACAUGUGUUCGACUCCAUUGCCGAACUCAUCAACUACCACCAACACAACGCAGCAGGUCUUGUCGCUAGGUUGAGGUAUCCCGUCGGCAAACAGGACAAGUCUGCCCCCUCCACGGCCGGCUUCAGCUACGAGAAGUGGGAGAUCAACCCCAGCGACCUAACCUUCAUGAAAGAGCUGGGCAGCGGUCAGAUGGGUGUGGUGCGACUCGGCAUGUGGAGGGCGCAGCAUCAAGUGGCCAUUAAGGCCAUCAAGCGCGGCGCCAUGUACGAGGAGGACUUCAUUGAAGAGGCCAAACUCAUGAUGAAGUUGUCCCAUCCCAAGUUGGUGCAGUUGUACGGUGUGUGCAGCCAGCAGCGGCCCAUCUACAUCGUCACUGAGUUCAUGGAGCACGGCUGCCUGUUGGACUUCUUGCAGCGACGGCGCGGCACCUUCAGCCCGGCUUCGCUGCUGAGCAUCUGCUUAGACGUGUGUGAGGGCAUGCAGCACCUGGAGAGCAAUAGUUUCAUCCACAGAGAUCUGGUCUCUUCUCACACGGGAGCCAGGAACUGCCUGGUAAACGACUCCCUGAUGGUCAAGGUGUCUGACUUUGGCAUGGCCAGGUACGUUUUGGACGACCAGUACACCUCAUCAUCAGGAUCCAGGUUUCCAGUGAAGUGGUCGCCUCCUGAAGUCCUCAACUUCUGCAGACAUAGCAGCAAAUCUGAUGUCUGGUCCUACGGUGUGCUGAUAUGGGAGGCUUUCACCGAAGGCCGCAUGCCAUUCGAGCAGAGCAACAACCAUGAAGUCGUCACCCUGGUAACCACAGGUCACCGCCUCUCCAGGCCCAAGCUAGCACCCGCUGCCGUCUAUGACAUCAUGCAGCUGUGCUGGCAGGAGAGACCUGAUGACCGUCCGUCCUUCUCUCAGCUCUGCUUGAUGAUCUCUGACGCCCUAGAGGGCGAUGCUGCACUCGCCAACUGACAGGCUAGUCACUUCUGUCACAACAGUAACACUUAAAGACGCACAUGAGAUGUGAGGAUGCUAUGGUCCCAAAAUAGUUUAUUGGAAGUGUGUUGACCAAAAUGUUGCCUUAAUGCUAAAUUGUUGAUUAAAUUGGCUUUUAAUAAGUCUUA